GGUGCCGCUGCCACUCCCGGGAGCAUGAAGGACCGAACACAGGAGCUCCGCACGGCCAAGGACAGCGAUGAUGAUGAUGAUGUCACUGUCACCGUGGACCGAGACCACUUCAUGGAUGAGUUCUUCGAACAGGUGGAGGAGAUCCGCGGCUUCAUUGACAAGAUCUCAGAGAACGUGGAGGAGGUGAAGCGGAAGCACAGCGCCAUCCUGGCCUCCCCCAACCCUGAUGAGAAAACCAAGGAAGAGCUGGAGGAACUCAUGUCUGACAUAAAGAAGACAGCAAACAAAGUUCGCUCCAAAUUGAAGAGCAUCGAGCAGAGCAUCGAGCAAGAGGAAGGCCUGAGCCGCUCAUCCGCUGACCUGAGGAUCCGAAAGACACAGCACUCCACACUGUCCCGGAAGUUUGUGGAGGUGAUGUCCGAGUACAACGCCACGCAGACUGACUACCGCGAGCGCUGCAAGGGCCGCAUCCAGAGGCAGCUGGAGAUCACCGGCCGGACCACGACCAGCGAGGAGCUGGAGGACAUGCUGGAGAGUGGGAACCCUGCCAUCUUUGCCUCCGGGAUCAUCAUGGACUCCAGCAUCUCAAAGCAGGCCCUGAGCGAGAUUGAGACGCGCCACAGUGAGAUCAUCAAGCUGGAGAACAGCAUCCGGGAGCUGCACGACAUGUUCAUGGACAUGGCCAUGCUUGUGGAGAGCCAGGCUGCUUUCCCGAAAUCCUGCCCUGGGCCCCCUCGUAACCCUGAGGGGGGCCCUCUGGAGCUCGGGUGCCCCUGGCCCUGCAGGGAGAGAUGAUUGACAGGAUUGAGUACAACGUGGAACAUUCGGUGGACUACGUGGAGAGGGCUGUGUCUGACACCAAGAAGGCCGUCAAGUACCAGAGCAAGGCUCGCCGGGUCAGUAGCCCCAACCUUGCCUGAGCCCACGUCCUCAUGCACGCACAGAGCCCCCAGACCGUCACAAAGCCCUCCGCACUCUGCCUGCACCCUCCCUCAGCUCUGACCAGAGCCUCCAGCGCCCAGUUAAAACCCCACCCAGAUACGUUCCAGGCCAUCACUUCCUCCCUCAUUCAAUCCCCCAGACUCUCCAACCCUUAUCCCUCACCAGAGCCCCUCCCCAGCCGCCCCACAGCCUCAAAGCUCUGCGCAGAGGCCCAGCCCCCCUCCUGGCCCCACCUCCGCGCUGAGGCCUCUCCCUGCUGCCCUGUGCAGAAGAAGAUCAUGAUCGUCAUCUGCUGUGUGGUCCUGGGCAUCGUCAUCGCCUCCACCUUCGGAGGCAUCUUCGGGUAGAGACCACCCCACCGCCACUCCGCCCUGGACGGCCCAGCCCAGGAGGCCGCCUGGCUGCUGCCACCUUCUGGCUCGAGCCCUCUCCUCCCCACCCCAUACCGCUCCUUUCUCUGCACAGGGCCCCCCAUCCCCACCCUGCCCUGAGCCGUCGUGUGCAUGAUCUUUGUGACAGUGUGCGUCUGUACAGAGGAGGCAGAGGGGAGCCAGGCUGGGAAACAGCCAGCCCGGUGGGGAUGGGCCAGCAAGGGACAGACUCAGGCCCUGGCCCAGGCCACUCCCCUUAUAGGCAGGGCUGCCUGGGGUAGUUAGCCAUGCUCCCCUCCCCCGGCCUUCAGUCAUUCCACUCCAGCCUGGGGUCUGCCCUCUCCUGGGAUCAAGGCUCUCUGGACCCCAACCUUGCCUCCUACUGACCAGCCCCAUCUGCCCCAUCCUGUGUCCUCUCCAGCUGUCCCCAUAAGCCAAGCCCCCUGAGGGCUGGGGACCAGCUGGCCACAUGGUGCUGCUUUUCAGGUUCGGGGAAGGGUGGCCCUGAGAGACAGCCCAGCUCUAAGCCUCUAACAGCCACUCACUGCCAGGGAGGCUCAGGGUGCCGUGGCCGGGUAUGGCUUCUGGCCUCUGGCCAUGUCAAGACCAGGCUUCCUCCCCUGCCUCGGGGCAGAGUCCAACAGGUCUUCAGCUGCCUCAGCCUCCCUUCCCACAUUCCUACAGCCCCAGGAGCAGCAACCCCUUUGGGCUACGCCUGACCCCAGGUAAUAUCCUGGAAGAGGCUGACUGGUGCCUGGUCUCCAGCCACCCUCGGAGGUAGGGAGGCAGAGCAGGCCCCGGCCAGGCCUCUGCACGGGUAAAGCCCACGGCCCGGGCCAGCCACUCUCCCCGGCAGGCCCUAGUCAGGUCCUCAAGCCAUUGUGUGUUGCAUGUUUGGGACAGUGGUCCCUGCUCUCUUGUGCUCGGGAAGUCAGCGUCCCUUCAGGCACCUGCAAUCUCGUCCUGCCCUUGCUGCCCCCCACUGACGUGCCACGUGGGUGUCAGGUGUCUGGGAUGCAGUGUUCAGCAGCCAGCCAGGGAGGGGCACCUCCCUCCUCCCCACUGUCUCGGGACUUCUCAAAUCUGAGAUGUGCCCCCACCCAAAACCCGUCGCCCGCUGACAGGCAAGGAGCAUGCAUGCGAGCGCAUGCGGCAGGGGCCGGGGCCAGGUCUGGGCCCCGCCUUCCCUCGGCUUUGCUCCUGCCCAGUGACUGUGACCGCUGUCCGUGUUGCCUUCUUGAACAGCGACUCCCUUCCCCCUCCUCCACCCCUUCACCAAAGGUCUUGGUACAACCAGCUGCCCAUUUUGUGAAAUUUUUAUGUAGA